AUGGCAACUCAUAACAAUAAUAUUCCUGCGCAUCUACCAAUCUUUGAAGGCAAGAACUUUGAUCAAUGGAUCGUGAAGAUGAAGGUGAUCUUCAGGGUCCAGGAUGUACUUGAAGUUGUGAAUGAAGGGAUUCCGGCACUGGCAGCGAAUGCAACUGAUGUACAACAAGCAGCACAUAAAGAAUUGAAGAAGAAAGAUGGAAAAGCUCUAUUCUUGAUGCAUCAGAGUGUAAGCAAUGAGAUCUUUGAGAAGAUCAUGCAUUAUGAAAGUGCGAAGGAGACAUGGGAUGCAUUAGAGAAACUGUAUUCUGGUGAUGGUAAGUUGAAGAAGAUGACAAGGAAUGGUGAAAUUGCCACUGAUGUGAUGAAGGUGGAAAAGGUUCUCAGAACCUUAACAUCAAGAUUUGAUCACAUUGUAGUGGCCCUAGGGGAAUCUAAAGACUUAGAUUCUACGAAGAUAGAGGAACUGCAAGCAAGUCUUGAAGCACAUGAGUUAAGGUUGAUUGAUAGGAAUAGAGAAAGAGGUUCUAGCAAGAAUCAAGAAAAGAAUGAUGCAAAGUCUGAUCAGAAGAAAAAGAAAGAUAAGAAAGACAUUCAAUGCUAUAAUUGUCAGAAGAUGGGACAUUAUGCAUCUGAAUGUAAAUCAAAGAGAGUGCCAAGGAACAAAGAUGAGGCACAAUUUGCUCAGGAUGAAGAUUCUGAUUCUGAAGAAGUACUCUUGAUGGCAACAGUCAAAGGGGAAGAAGAAAGAAGUGAUGAAUGGUAUUUGGACAUUGGGUGUUCAAAUCACAUGACAUGCAAGAAAUCUUGGUUCUCUGAAUUAGAUGAUUCAGUUAAUAGAAAAAUAAGAUUUGCAGAGAAUCGUAUAGUUUGUGCAGAUGGUAUUGGGAAAGUACUGAUUCAUAGGAAGGAUGACAAGAAAGCUUGCAUCACUGAUGUGUUGUAUGUACCAAACAUGAGAAGCAAUCUCAUUAGUAUUGGUUAA